AUUAAUAAUGUAAAAACACGUAUUGAUGGAUACAAGUCCACACAUUGAAAUCAAACACAUCACAUAAACUACAAAUAAAGCAGUGUUUGUCUUGUAUUAUCAAUAAAUUAAUGAAUCUAAUGAUGCUAUUGUUAAAUCGCUCCAAUUUUAUUUUAAAUCAAAGGAAUUAAUGAAAGACAUCAACUCUGGCAAAUAAGUCAAAAUCUAUUCUUUAAAUGAAGAUGAUCCAUUUACUUAUGUGAUAGUUUAACUUGCCACUAAUCCUAGAUAAGAUGGAGCAAACAUAGCUAGAAAAGCCAGCAAUAAAAUUGCUACAUAAAAAACUGAAGAUAAUUCGAUGUCUGUAUUAUUACCUCAUAAUUAUACUAUUCAUGAUAUAGCAGAAUUUAACUUUGGAUUCUAAUUAGCUAAUUAUAGAUGGACAUAUUAAUCUAUUAAAGAAGGAGGUAAAUCAUCAUCAUUUCCAAUACAUUAUUUAUAUUUGAUUACUCCAAUCAGCUAAGAAGAUUAUCUAUCCCAAAUGGAAUAAAAAUGGAAUCUAAAAUAGUAAUUAAACAAUUUCUAUUAAUCAUUAGUUUACAUCAUUUAGUCAAACCUAUUUUAAGAUUGAGAGAAUUAGUUCCAACAAGACCCAAUAUAGCUACAACAGGAUUUAUGAAGAAUUACAUUUUAGAUAUUGUAAAAGGCUUUGGUGAUAAAGUGACCUCUACUUUGAUUGAAGGAGACGAACUCUUAACUGCUGGCUUAAGACUCAUACAUGCAGUUGGAAGAGGUUCAAUUCAUAAACCAUUUUAUUCAUGCUUAUCUUAUAAAGGAAAACCAGAAAAUGAUAAAUAUUUUGCUUUAGUUGGAAAAGGAGGUAAUUUAUACAAUAAGUUUUAGUUGUUUUUGACACUGGAGGUCUUAGCAUUAAAACAACAUCUAGUAUGGAAUAGAUGUAUGAUGAUAAAGGAGGAGCUUGUACUGUCUUAGAAACCUUCAGAGCAGUAGUUGAAUUAGGUUUACCUAUUAACGUUGUUUGCUCAACUGCUUGGGUUGAAAAUUCAGUUGGACCAGAUUCUUAUAGAGUCUCAGAUGUCAUUUAAUCUUAUAAAGGAAUCACUGUUGAAAUCUUAAAUACUGAUGCUGAAGGUAGAUUGAUAUUAGCUGAUGCAAUGUCUUAUGCAUAAGAUAAAUUCCACAUCUAAGAAAUGAUUGAAUUAUCAACACUUACAGGCAUCAUUAAAAAUGCUUUGGGUAGAUAUUGUGGAGUCUUUACCAAUAGAAAAGGAUGUUAUUCAUUGCUAUAAAAAGUUGAAAAAAUUACUAAAGAACCUUUUUGGGCUUUACCUUUAGAAGAUUAACAUAGAGAUUUGAUCAAAGGAAAUGUUGCUGAUAUCAAUAAUUCAAGUUCUGGUAGAGUUGGAGCUUCUGCUGCAGCUGCGUUUUUAGAAUGUUUUGUUGAAAAAAAGGUUAGAUGGAUGCAUUGGGAUAUUGCAAAUGUUGCUGUUACUGAUAAGAGUGAGGGAAUUUAUACAAAAGGUGGAACUGGGUUCGGAGUUAUGUCCUUGAUCUAUUACAUGACCUGGGAUAUUGUCAGUAAAGAACUCAAAGAAUUGAAGGAAGAAAAUGAUGAAGAUGAUAAUUGAAAAUAUGAUAUAUUACAUUCCUAAUUAAAAUAUUACAAUAAUAAUG